AUGGAGGGACAUGAAAUUUUGGGGUUUGGUUUCUUUGUAAUUGGUUUAUGGCACUUUUUCAACCACACCAAACUCCAUUUUCUUUCUUCUUCUUCUCUCAAAUCCUACCCAUCAACCCUAUGGUUUCCAACCAAACUAAGUAGAUACAUAGAGCUUCAUUUCAUCAUGGCAAGUUGCAUGAUCUUCAUAUCCAUGGAACUUUUCAUCUCACCUCUUCACCACCAACCUUUUGACCCUAAAGACGGAACCAUUCCCUCUAACCAUCUUCACAACUUCGAACACUCUUCCAUGGCUUUGUCUUUCUUAUUCUAUGCUACGUUUGCUAUAAUUCUCGAUAGAAAAAUAACCAUUCCUAAAAAAACUCAAAAUGAUCUCACUCAUUUGCUUGCAGCUAUAGCGUUUGCUCAACAGUUUCUCCUUAUUCAUCUUCAUUCAAGAGAUCAUAUCGGGGUUGAAGGACAGUAUCAUUACUUAUUGCAAGUUUUGAUUUUUAUUUGUUUUUCGACAACCCUUAUGGGAAUUGGAUUCUCGAGGAGUUUCUUGGUGUGUUUUGUGCGUUCUGUUGGUAUAAUCUUUCAAGGUCUGUGGCUCAUGUUCAUGGGGUUCAUGCUUUUUACACCUGGUUAUCAACCCAAAGGCUGUUUCAUGAAACUUGAAGGGGAUCAAUAUGUGGUUAGGUGCAGCGACAAAGAGGCUCUUCAUCGCGCUGUUUCGCUGGUGAAUAUUCAUUUCAGUUGGUUUUUGAUUGGCGUCACUGUUUUUGCAGUGUCGUUCUACUUGAUUAUGGCUUUAUGUUAUGGUGAAAAAACAGUGGAGUAUGUUUCAUUGAUGAAGGAGGAACAUUUCGAUGUUGAGUCACAAUGUCAAAAGAUCACUGCAAACAAGGAAGAACAAACUUGA